AUCUUAUCUAAAAAAAUAUAUACUAUGUUUGAGUUGUAAAUACUUAUUAGUUAAACAAGGACAGUUAAUGGGCGGGUUUGGUCUUCAUCGUAUUCGAUUCCCUUGUGUGUCUGUGCCCACCGUUUUUCAAAACCCAAUCUCUCUAUUUUCCACGAUUUCCCUCAAAACCCACGUGCAAAAUAAUCACUUUCGUGAUGCCAAAGAACAAUUUGCCACCUUGUGUUCCAAAGGGCACAUAAGAGAAGCGUUUGAAAGCUUUGUAUCUGAGAUAUGGGCAGAACCCCGUUUGUUCUCAAACCUCCUGCAAGCAUGUGUUCCGUUAAAGUCCGUUUCUUUGGGGAAACAGCUUCAUUCCUUGAUAUUGACUUCUGGGUGUUCCUCAGACAAGUUCAUUUCCAACCACCUCCUCAACCUCUACUCAAAAUUUGGGGAACUUCAAACCGCAGUGGCACUGUUUGAUCGAAUGCCAAGGAGGAACAUCAUGUCAUGUAACAUCAUGCUCAAGGCCUAUCUUGAAAUGGGCAAUAUCGAGUGUGCCAAGACUCUGUUUGAUGAAAUGCCUGAGAGAAAUGUUGCCACGUGGAAUGCCAUGGUCACGGGUUUGACCAAGUUUGAAAUGAAUGAAGAAUCUUUGUUCUUGUUUUCGAGGAUGAAUGAGUUGGGAUUCAUGCCGGAUGAGUACUCGUUAGGUAGCGCGCUUAGGGGAUGUGCACAUUUGAGAGCUUUGAUUUCAGGGCAACAGGUUCAUGCUUAUGUUAUGAAAUGUGGGUUUGAGUUUAAUUCGGUUGUUGGAUGCUCUUUAGCUCAUAUGUAUAUGAAAGCUGGAAGCAUGCACGAUAGAGAAAGAGUUAUCAAUUGGAUGCCAAAGUGUAAUUUGGUUGCUUGGAAUACACUUAUGGCGGGAAAAGCUCAGAAAGGGUACUUUGAGGGAGUUCUGGACCAAUACUGUAUGAUGAAAAUGGCAGGUCUUAGACCAGAUAGGAUUACUUUAGUGAGUGUGAUUAGCUCAUGUUCGGAGUUAGCCACGCUUGGUCAAGGGAAGCAAAUUCAUGCUGAAGCAAUAAAAGCAGGAGCUAGUUCUGAAGUUUCUUUGGUUAGUUCAUUGGUUAGUAUGUACUCUAGAUGUGGAAGUUUGCAAGACUCUAUCAAAGCUUUUCUGGAAUGCAAAGAGCGGGAUGUUGUGUUAUGGAGCUCAAUGAUUGCUGCUUAUGGGUUUCAUGGUCAAGGAGAGGAAGCCAUCAAGCUUUUCAAUGAGAUGGAACAAGAAAAUCUGCCAGGAAAUGAAGUCACAUUCUUGAGCUUGCUAUAUGCUUGUAGUCAUUGUGGACUGAAGGACAAAGGGCUUGAUUUCUUUGACAUGAUGGUAAAGAAGUAUGGACUCAAGGCCAGACUAGAACACUAUACUUGUGUGGUUGACCUACUUGGCAGGUCUGGUUGUUUGGAGGAGGCAGAGACUAUGAUACGAUCCAUGCCUGUAAAAGCAGAUGCAAUUAUAUGGAAAACGUUAUUAUCUGCAUGUAAAAUCCACAAGAAUGCAGAAAUUGCAAGAAGGGUUGCUGAAGAAGUUCUUAGGAUUGAUCCUCAAGACUCGGCUUCGUAUGUUCUACUUGCCAACAUUUAUUCUUCAGCUAAGAGGUGGCAUAAUGUUUCUGAGGUGAGGAGAGCCAUGAAGGACAAGAUGGUGAAGAAAGAACCAGGUGUAAGUUGGGUAGAAGUGAAGAAUCGGGUUCACCAGUUCCACAUGGGUGAUGAAUGCCACCCAAAACAUGUGGAGAUCAAUCAGUAUUUGGAAGAAUUAACUUCAGAAAUGAAGAAGCGGGGCUAUGUACCUGAUACUAGCUCGGUUAUGCAUGACAUGGACAAUGAGGAAAAAGAACACAACUUGAGUCACCAUAGUGAGAAAUUGGCAAUUGCUUUUGCUUUAAUGACCACCCCAGAGGGAGUGCCAAUAAGGGUGAUGAAAAACUUGCGGGUUUGCUGUGACUGUCAUGUUGCUAUUAAGUACAUAUCGGAGAUAAAAAAUUUAGAAAUUGUAGUGCGAGACUCUAGCAGGUUUCACCAUUUCAAAAAUGGUUCAUGUUCUUGUGGAGAUUAUUGGUAAUAGUUAUUUGGUCCUUGAUUUCCAUUUCAGAUGAUGUUCAUGAUCUUGCAGAGCUUUGAGGGACUAAGUUCUUGUUACAGCUCUUUCGUCUAUCAAUUUUGUUUUCAUUUAUCACAACCUUACCCCGAUAAAUAGUUAAGGUUAAGGCCUCCAUGUCAUAAUUUCCAAAUUCAUAGCUGAAAUUUCAAAUUAGAAAAGGAAUUCUUUAUACGCAAAUCUCAAUGAAGGGUAUUAUUGAUUAGUGGUUGCUUCUAACACUGAUGUCAGUUAUUGUUGGUUAUCAAAUGCUUGCUGACUCUUUGUGGCCAACUCAUCAUAACAAUGUAAUUUAAUUUCUUAUUAGUCAAUUAAGUCGAACCUUUUCUAAAAUCUCCCUCAAGAUGGCAUGUGCCAGAGGUCAAAGCAGAGGAAUCAAGAAUUCCGGUCACGUGCCUUUGGAAAUUGGAAUGAGAUUGAGAUUGAGAUUGAGCCUCUCACUGUAUUGCACUGCAAAAAAAGAUUACUAGGCAAGGGAAAACAACUGGAUGAGGUGCUAGGUUGGGUUUAUUUGGGUCAUGGACUCAUGGGUCAACACAGAAAUGGAUCCGGUACAAGCAUGCACCAAUACUUUUAGUAAUUGA